GGAAGCGGCCGCACGGCCGUGAUGCCAUAGGGUUAGGGUUAUUUUGACCUCUAACACCGGCAGAACACCGAGGUCUUUUAUAACUGAAACGACGAUAUUUUAGCGCAAUGGUGCAGACCAGUUCAAACCUUCACGUCGAUUUCCAUCGCUUGAUGUUAUCUGGUUAGCCAUAAUUCUCGAACACUGUCGAAAGUUUAUCGCCAAGAUGUUCAAAUGCCUUCGGAAAGGACCCAGUUUGCGACCUGUUGCGACCUGCUGUUCCUACGCUGUCGCUUGUCGUUGGUACAAUGGAUUAUGCGUAUCUGCUCAGCUGACCCCACUUGCUUGGAAUAUCAGAAGUUCAACGCUGUCCCGAUGACCAUGCUGCCUCAUGCAGCAUGAUCCAACUUUCAGAAUAUAUAUAGAUAGCUUAUUUCUAUUCUUUGCUCUUUUGACUCGAAACUAGAAAUCUUCGCUCCAAGAUGUCCAUUCCGCGCGAAGAGCCUCUUCCGCAAACCGAGCUAGAUGUCGAUGUGGAGAAACGCCUCUCUUCAAGCCUCCCCUCUGACGCCGAGAUGGAGGGAAUCGCUCGUCAGAAUGAACUUGGUCCAAAGUUGAAACGAGCCCAUUUUUUCUCGCCUUUGGAUCUCGCAGUUGCUGAGGCUGUAAACAAGGACGCAGAGACAGUGGAGUAUACUCCGGAGGAAGAUUACAAAGUGAAGAGAAAAAUUGACAAUGUGGUCCUUCCUCUGGUGAUAUGCAGCUAUAUAUUUAAUCAGUUUGACCGAACGAACAUCGGCAAUGCUCAUGUUAUCACCGCCUUCAAUGAAAACUUUGGCAUCACAGAUAAUCAAAAAUGGACAUUGGCAUUGAGUAUCUUCUACGUCGGGUACUGUCUGCUGGAAAUGCCGGCCAAUGUUUUGCAAAGACGAAUCGGCGCUAAUAGAUUCUUCUUCCUCUCGUUAACCUUUUGGGGUCUAGCAUCGCUAUCGUUCGUGUACGCAAAAGGUUAUGGUGCUCUCCUGGCUUUACGCGUACUUUUGGGAAUUGGGGAAGCAGGUUACUACGCCGGUAUGAUAUACUAUCUGUCGUUUUGGUAUAAACGGCAUGAGCUUGCUAUGCGUGUCAGCUUAUGUAUGACCGGUACCUAUCCAGGUGCCAUUGGCGGUCUCCUCGCAUUUGGUCUUGUUCGAGCCAAAACGUCUCUUCUCGAUGGAUGGCAAUUCUUGUAUCUGAUAGAGGCAAUUCCGACUCUCAUCAUGGCCAGCAUGAUCUUGUUCUUCUUGCCUCCCUUUCCAUUUUUUGCCACGUUCUUGACUCCCCGCGAGCGCGCUAUUGCCCAAGCGCGUCUCAACCGGGAUCAUAAACCUCAGUCUCAUGGUGGAAUGAAUGGCUGGCAAGGUUUCAAAGCUGUGGUUACUGACAUCCAUGCAUGGAUGUUCAUGACCAUAUAUGCGAGCUUCAAUGUUGGGGUUGCCACGAUCUCGUACUUCUUACCAACAAUCAUCGCGGGUCUCGGAUUUACUGCAAUCAACGCCCAGGGCUUGACUGUUGCACCAUACAUCGCUGGCUGGUUUAUGGUGGUAUUCCAAGCCUGGCAUAGCGAUAAGACCCGCGACAGGGGCUGGCACAUCAUGCUCUCCUGCUUCAUAUCGUUUGUUGGUUACCUUAUAUUGGCUACCGCUGUACAGAAGAGCGUCGGUGCCGCGUAUUUUGCCCUCUUCCUCGUGAUCGGGGGACUUUACUCUUUAUUCCCUCUUGUCAUGAGUUGGGCUGCCAAUACUUUUGCACCAACGUCAAAGCGAGGCGUAGGGACGGCCUUCAUCGUUUCAAUAUCCAACUGCGUGUCAAUAGCUUCUCCACAAAUCUAUUUUGACCCACAAGACAGUUAUAGGAAGGGGCACGCUAUCGCAGCUGGCUGCGUGUUCCUAUCCAUGCUCAUAGCAUUUCUACUACAUAUGAGGCUCUCUAAGCUCAACAAACGUAAUGCCCAGCGACUAGAUCUAAUGACCGAAGAUGAAAAGGUUUCUCUGGGUCAAGUGACGGAAAUUAGUGAUUCGGAUCCGAGAUAUGUUUUUAUGACUUGAUCGUUAUGGAUUGAUUGACCUUGAACUUGUACAAUUCGAAAAUCUAAAUGUUUACUUCCUUUUUCAUCGAGAUACAACCAGCUUUGACCGGU